UCUAAUAGAACUGAACAACUCUCUCCCUAAUUUCUUUCCUCUUUUUGUGGCCUACUCCAACUGCAAACCCUCUUCAUUCAUACACACUCUUGCUCCUCAGCAAUAUGCAGCAGCCGAGCUCCAAGGCUUUCCUUUCCUUCUCCUUCCCUCGGUUCCCGGCAGUAAGACCGUCGAUUCCUUCCUUGUCCUCCAACCUGCGACCAAAUUGGUUCUCCUUUCAAUCGAAAAGGAAAUUGAGGAAGAACCAGCUUGAGGUGAAUUGGAGUCGCUAAUUUGGAUUCCGCUAGACACACAGAAUUGAAAACUCCAUGAGAGAAGUCAUAGAAGCUGUGGAGAGAGCUUUACCUCAACAGAAGGGACUCAUCCCUUGCAAAUCCCUUUUUGAGAUGUUACGUACUGCAAUAUCAUUCAAUGCUAAUCAAGAAUGCAGAGAUGGACUGGAGUUGAGAAUUGGGAAACAGCUUGACCAGUCAACGGUCAAGGAACUACUUCUCAUACCUCAUGUCCCGGAAGAAAAGUAUGACACUGAGUGUUUGAAGAGGAUGUUGAAGAUCUAUUAUGACAACUACACGAGCUCGGAGUUCUCGGGUUUCAUUAAAGUGGCAAACCUCAUGGAGGAAUUCUUGUGUGAGGUUGCGAGUGACAUAGACCUAAAAGUGGACACAUUUGCAUCACUUGCGGACUUAUCUGCUUCCGUAUCGAGUGAAGCCAAACGGAGCUCUGAUGGGAUCUACCGAGCGAUAGAUAUCUACCUGGAGAAGCACAUAUAUUUGACAGAAAAGGAGAGGGAGAAGCUGUGUGAUGUUCUGGAUUGCAGCAGGAUGUCAGUUGAAGCGUGCCAGCACGCUGCACAAAAUAACCGCUUACCCACCAGGUUGCUGGUGCAGAUUUUGUUUGCAGGGCACAUGAGUUUGAAGGACACAAUGAGGAAGGAGAUGAUUCAUUCUUGUGGAGCUUUGAUGGCUGAGAAGAAAGAUGAAGGAGGGGUGGAGUUGAGUGCAAGUGAAGAUGAUGAUCAUGAGGUAAAGGCAGAGAUUGAAAAGAUAGGGAACAAGGUGUUGGAGUUGGAGAAAGAAUGCAAUAAUGUGAGGAUGCAAAUUCAAAAAGGGAGGGAGAGGAAUGAGAAGAAGAAGAUGAGUGUGUGGAAAGAAAUGAAGAGGAAGUUUGGGUGCAUGACCACCAUGCAUGACUGCAGCAACAGCCAUGUGCAGAAGAAGAAAAGGUGCAUCCAAGAUAGUAUGUAGCAGCCCACAUAGGAUCAGACUCCAGCUGCCCUUUUCGAAUAAAUUUAGAUGAUCUGUCAUGUUAUUUCGCUGUGGUAAAUUGCUUUUUUAGUCCCUUAACUAUGUCACUUUUGCCAUUUUAGAUCCUCAUUAACUUUUUUGUAUUCUUUAAUAAGGGAUUUAAUCCCUAUAAUGAAUUCAAUCUUUGUUUGCAACUGCAUAUACAAUGAGAGACUAAACAGUGAACCCUUUUG